CUGAGGAAUAGCUCUGAAGGUGAGAGCAGAGUGAUUCCUGAAAUGUCAGUGGAAGAAUUUUUCAGUCUAGAACGGGAUAUGCUCACAGCGUAAGCCUCUCUGGGGACUUCUGUUGCUUUAAAUAAAAACCUUCAUUGCCACAUGAUGCAAGGUGAGAGAUUUCCUUUCUGAGAAAGAGGUUGGCUCUGCUCACAGCUCUCGGGAAGCCAGACUGUCUUGCAAAGAGUGUGAUGGGCAGCUGGAGAAGGUGAGAAGACCUGCUACAAGCUGCUAACCAAGCCCCUCUGAAUUUCCUGGAAUCCUAUGAAAGUAGAGCUUUCCUUCCGGAGGAAAGGACUGAUGACUCAAAAAGUUCUAUUUUUCAAGUCCUACAAAGUGGAUAAAACAGCAACUGGCUAGGAAACUAAAUUCAGAAGCUUUAUCAUUUUUUUUUUAAAAAAGCUAGGAUCCAAAUUUGCUUCAGAUUGUUUUUAAAGUUUCUAAUUUACAGUGUGCCUUUCUGGGAAAAAAUCUCUCUUCCAUCAUCUCUAAAGAACUAUUGAACUAUUUAUUCCUUGCAGUUGCUGUUAAAAAAAGAAACAUAACCAAACUAAUCUGGACCUGAAACUAAGAGGAUACAGGUCUGGGAAGAUGAUCCAGGAAUUUAUGAACCAAAGAAGUAAAUAAUCUGACCAAUUUGUGGAUUGUGUCUGAAGGAUCCUUGCCUAAGGGAGAACUGCAGGCAAGGCAAACCAGAGUGGGUCUGAUCUUGUUGGAAUCCGCUGCAGUUUCUCUGCUGGCUCUGUGGCUGGCAUCUCCAGUUCUGGAUUCUGCUUGAUGGGGGUUUUUGCUAGGGAAGCAGACCUUGCAGCUAAAGACAGAACUGUGAGUUUAGGGGGGUGGGUAUCUAUAUGCCAAAGGGCAUAUUGGCUGAACCCCCAAACAAACAAAAAACUUCUUUAGCAAUUGUCUUCUGUAGUACAUCAGCGGUUUGGGGAAGCCUUUGUAAUCUUGCAACAUGACAUCCACGCAGGAACAAAAAGAAGCUCAUCACACCAAUGGAGUGGUGCUACCCAUUGUUUCAGGGUCUAUAGACUGUCUCUCCAGCCCUGAUAGAGAGCAUCUAGUUGAAUCUUCGGAGUUUUUGGGACCUGAAGUAGUCGGAGUGGAGGUGGUGGUGAUAGAAUCUCGAGCCAAUGCCAGAGGUGUACACGAGGAGGAUGCCCUGCUGGAGAAUGGCAGUCAGACCACUGAGAGUGAUGAUACCAGCACAGACCGGGGCCCAGAGCCACGCUCUCCUCUCAAAGAGACCGCCUUUUCAAUUGGGCUGCAAGUUCUCUUUCCUUUCCUGCUGGCAGGGUUUGGGACGGUAGCUGCUGGGAUGGUGUUGGACAUGGUACAGCACUGGGAUGUCUUCAAGUAUGUGGGCGAAGUAUUCAUCCUGGUUCCAGCCCUCCUGGGACUGAAAGGAAAUUUGGAGAUGACGCUAGCAUCUCGUCUUUCUACUGCUGCUAACAUUGGGCAAAUGGACACCCCUAAAGAACUCUGGAGAAUGAUAAUAGGGAACAUGGCUCUGAUACAGGUUCAGGCAACAGUGGUAGGUUUUCUGGCGUCAAUUGCUGCAGUGGUAUUUGGCUGGAUCCCAGAUGGACACUUCAGCAUUGGCCAUGCCAUCCUUCUCUGUGCCAGUAGUGUGGCUACAGCCUUCAUAGCUUCCCUCGUGUUGGGCAUGAUAAUGAUUGGCGUAAUCAUCGGCUCUAGGAAGAUGGGCAUUAACCCUGACAAUGUGGCUACACCUAUUGCUGCGAGUCUGGGUGAUCUCAUCACUUUAGCUUUGCUUUCUGGGAUCAGCUGGGGCCUCUACAUAGAACUAGAGGAUAAAGCCUAUGUGAAUCCUCUGGUGUUUGCUUUCUUUGUUGCUCUGCUGCCCCUUUGGAUCAUCAUCGCCAAGAGGAAUCCAGCUACCCGGGAGGUUUUGUACUCUGGCUGGGAGCCAGUCAUCAUUGCUAUGGCUAUUAGCAGUGUUGGAGGUUUAAUCUUGGGUAAAACUGUGUCGGAUCCAAAUUUUGCAGGGAUGGCAGUCUUCACACCUGUUAUCAAUGGUGUUGGUGGCAAUCUUGUUGCUGUCCAGGCUAGCCGCAUCUCCACUUACCUCCACAUGAGUGGGAUGCCUGGAGAGGCCUCAGAGAUGGCUCCCCGCAAGUGUCCAAGCCCUUGCAGUACUUUCUUCAGUUCAGAUGUGAAUUCCCAGUCUGCUCGGGUGCUCUUUCUUCUUGUGGUUCCUGGCCACUUGAUUUUCCUUUACACCAUCAGUUCCAUGCGGGGUGGCCACACAACACUCACCUUGAUCUUUAUAGUUUUCUACAUGACAGCAGCACUUCUCCAGGUUUUCAUUCUUCUCUACAUUGCUGACUGGAUGGUCCACUGGAUGUGGGGCAGAGGCCUGGACCCGGACAACUUUUCAAUUCCUUAUCUGACAGCGCUGGGUGACUUGCUUGGGACAGGUUUCUUGGCACUCAGCUUCCACAUCCUCUGGCUCAUUGGAGACCGGGACACAGAUGUGGGGGAUUAAAGGCACCCUUCCUUGACUUUUUUCCACUUCCCAGUUCUUCUCCUUCCGUGACAUUCCCCCCCCUCCCCCAAGCCUUGCUGCCACCCUUUGUCUCUCUUUGAGACUUUAAGCUUUGAUACUGGAUUCUCAUUAUUUUCAAUGGGAAUUUUAUGUGGUUUAUAUUUCAAGCCAAGUUUGUACAGGAAAAAAUAGUUUUAAGAAGGGCAAAACAAAAAAGUGUAAAGACAAUCACCAAGUGCAAUUUCAUAAUUAAUGUCUAAACGAAUAGAAUAUAAUAGAAAGUGGAUCAGCAAUUCAGAUUUUAAAGAAACCCCCACUUCCCUUAUUCUUCACCCACAUGGGACACUAAGUGUAAAGGGCCACUUGUUUGUCUAUGUUUUUUUAAAUGUUUGAAAUGCAAUUCAAGUUUAUUUUGUUAUUAAAAUUGGGGCAAAAGUUCUUCACCUAACAACUGUGUUCUGAAACUGAUUAAAUGUUUUGUGGUUACUGCGUACUUACUGCAUAUCCACUGCUUGCUUGUUUGCACUAGUAGUAUUCUCUCUGAUUUGGCCACAAGCCUGACCUUCAUGCAAAUAGCAAAAUUGGAGUUUGCUGUAUAUUAUGUUCUUCCCUUUGCUGAUGAAUGAGAUCUUGAAUGGACGCUGAGUUAACCUGCAAUAUGUCUUCCUACCAUCAACCAUUUCAAAUCUGCUAAUAAGACCAUGGAAGCUGAGCUCUAGAAUGCUUGUUUAUCCAAAGUUCAGCUCUUUAGUACUGGCCAUUGUUCAUGCUGGUCAUAGAUUCACCAAUCAAGGUAUUGCCAUUUUAUAUAUUAUAAUCCUAUUCUAGUCUCCUGAAAAGGCUGAGGCCAUGUCAUUUUCCAUGCCAUUUCUCAUUGGAAAACAUGAACCUUUAAUAGAGGUUUUGGUACCAUAGAUGUACAGCCCAUCUCCCAACUGCUCAUCUCCAUUCUCAAAGGUUCGAUUUUUACCUUUUUACACAGCAACAUGUACCCUGAGUGCUUACUCACCUAUUGGCUUUUUAAAAUAUUGCCUUCUUGACUGCACUGUGUAUGGGCCACAUGAUCUACAAAGCUUUGUACUAAUUGGAAUCCAGGACACUCUGUUGGUAUCAUAGAUGCCUGGUACUAAGAGAAGUCUAAAUUUUCUGGUGCUGAGCCAUGUUCCUACGCUCUGAACUAAGAGUGCUUUGCAUCUCCCAACAGCUAGGGAACUUGAUACAAGAUACAUUAGAUGUCUGGCUUCUCUCUGAGUAGCAUCUAUUAUAUUAUUCCUAGCAUACCAUAAGGCAGUUGUUUUUGUAGUAAAGACCUUCAUACAUGUUCAUGGUUGAAAGAUCUUUACUUGUGAGUUAAGGAUUUGUAUAGUAGGUUAGGUCAACCCUGGGGGGUCUGUAACUACAGUGUCCUGAUAAAUAUAUGUGCCUGCUCUUCUGAGCUGCUAUUCCAUAAAUACUGACAUGUACUGGCCAUGUUUCUUGCCUUUGCAUUGUGCCAUCUUUCAGUUUUUGACACUAACAUGUUAUAGCGGGUCUGAGAGAACUUUGGAUCUCCUGUUGUAUUUUAUGUCUAUAGAAGUGCAUUUGACUGGCCAAAAACUGACACAAUGCUUUAUUGGGGAAAUGUUGUUAUUUAAGUCUCAUAUCCUAAGUAAGUCUGAAUAUUGGGAAUCUAGAUUAAACAGAUGUUUUGUUCACUGUGUUCUUCAGCAAGUGACCUGCCACCAGGGCACCCAUAAUUUGGAGAAUGGGUCAAACAGAUCUGCUUGCAUUGGCAAGAGAUCCCCCCCCCCUUUUUUUAGUAUAACUUGUUUGUUGAACACUGAUCUGUAGAGUUCUGACUCCCAUUCUCUGUGCUGGUUGUGCAGAUGGAACAGUUGUGUGAGCAGUUCAGUACACAUUAGUAUAAACAGCCUAAAUUGCUCCUGCUUGCAUGAAAUUUAUGAAGGCGAUCCUUUUCAUUCACCAUAGUAAUAAAGGGUUCUUCAAAGCCAUGUCCUUGUAGCCAGGAAGUCUAUGGUGCUGGAUAUUUUUUCAGUAUUAGAUUAAAUGGUGUAACUCUAAAAUUGCUGGAAUUUUAAUUGUAAGUCAUGCCCGUCUUUUGUAAGGCUUACUAUAUUUUCCAGCUGUACAAUUAGUUCCUCUUUCCUGCUUUUGCAUGAGUGGUGACAUAUUAUGUAUGUGGUUCUUUCCCAAAUAAAGGUGAAGAGAGGGGGUGAUUUGAUUAGCAACUCUGAACAGGCCCUAAUACGAUUUCUUAUUAAUUGGAUAUUGCUUUCAGAAGGUUGGCUGGCCCUACCUUGAUCGAUUAAGGACGCUGUUGCCAGCAAUAAGCACCUUGGUUCAGCCUCAGUACCAGAUGGGUCAUAAAAAGGAUUUCCCAUGCAUUAUGGGUGUAGGAUUCAAGCCUUUGGCAGUAUUGUUCAAAUUCUGAAAGCAUGAUCAAAACAAUAGCACUGGAAGGCAGUUGGUACCUAAGUGACAUAGCAAUGGCUCACUUGGACCACUGUGGCUGUAAUGCUUGAACUGGGAUUGCUUCAGAGUAUUCCUACUAAUGCUAUAGACCUUUUUUACAUUGUGGUCUGUGCAUUGCGGGUUUUGCUUAAUAUGCCCUGAAGAGGAAAUCUGUGGGACCACUAUGCUAAGGGUGUCUAUAGGACAAUCCUUCCAUUGCAAGAUGACAACAGUAAUGUGGAUGAUGAUGUCAGGGUUCCCUUACUUCUGACACUAACUGCUGAAGUUUAAUCCUCAAGAAUAGUUGAAGAGCUCCUUCAGCCACAAGAACCUUGAAAGUAUUUAGAGGUUUUGGUCUAGAAUGGACCUUCACAAAAUAACUUGCAACAUUCUGUCUGAAUUCAUGAGGACUUGAGACUUUCAUCCCAUGGCCUCCUGAAUUUCUAAAAUGAGCUUUUUCUCACCAGCUUGUGCUGGAUGCAUCUUAAAUUUUGACCGCCUGACACACAAGCUCAUGGUAUCUACAUGGAAUUUCAUGCAAGUGUUUUGUCACAUUAUUGUUCUUUCCCUAGUUAAUGUCUGUGCAUCUCAUGAAAGUGUUUAACUCUCGUGGUAUUAGUCAGAAGAUUUAGCUCAAGGUUCAGCAACUGAGUGCUUAGAGCUGCUUGGGUGAUAUCCCUAUUUUUUUUUGUCUGCAGUGGGGUUGGGAUUGGGGUAAGAAUGGGGUGUUCAAACAGAAUUUCCUAUAGAAUAAUUUUAUUCUCACCAGUUGCACUCAAAUGCAUGUGUAUUUUGAUCUGGCUGAAAGUGAAAAUGAUUGGUUUACACUUCUAUUAAGAGAAUUCUUAUUUAUAGUUGCUAUAACUGAAUUGACAAAUGCCAACUUAACUGAUAAAUUAUAUUUGGUAAAAUAAAGAUUACAUUUAUUUAUAAGGCUUCUGGUUUCUGGUUUGUUUCAGAGGAUUUAGUGACCUAGCAGUGAAGAUUUUGCUGAUAAGUUACAAUCAGGAUUUCAGUCUC